GGUGACGUCACUGCGCUGCGUUCCGCGCGGCGACUCAAGAUGGCGCGCGGCGUGGAGGAGGCGCCGCCACAGCGGCGGGAGCGCUGCCGCCGCUGCUGCUGCCGCCGCUGAAGCCGCUGCUGAAGCUCCGGCUCCUGUGGCAGUCGUGGCCGUGGUCGGUAGUCGCCGCGUCGCUGUCGGGGCUGUCUCAGUGUCAGCGGUUGUUGUACAUCAGUGGCGACGUCACGAGUACGUGGGGCGCAGAGAGCUCGGAGAGACCGCGCGGCGUCACCGCCACCAGCAGCAGCAGCAGGAGGAGGAGGAGGAACUCGCGGCUGGCGGCAUGAAGGAGGAGGAGGAGGAGAGCGGGGGCGGCGAGCGCGGCCCGCAGGGACACGGCACAGUCAUCACCACCGCCGUCACCACCACCACCCCGACCUCCACCAGCACCACCACCUCCACCAUCAUCGCCGCGGCUUCGCGUGGCCGCGCCUGCAGCCCCAGGGAGCCCAGCGCGGCCGCGCUGGCCUCGUCGGGCUGGAGCCGAGUGCGGCGGCGCUUCCCGCGUAGCGCCACGGCGAGCGGGGCCGCCCUGCAGCACCACCAGCAGCACCACCAGCAGCAGCACCACCAGCAGGGCCACCUCCUGCAGCAGCAGCAGCAGCAUGCGGCACCGCACUGCAGGCCGCGGGCGGCGCGCCUGGAGGCCCGCGAGCGCGAGUGGCUCCGCGCGGACCGCGGCCGCGGCUGCGUGCGGCUCCACGGGCCCGACGGGGCGAGCUGCGGCCGCGCGCUGCUCUGCACCGAGGCCACGGAGGCGCGGGAGCUGCUGCGCAUGCACGAGCAGCAGCAGGCGCAGGCCAAGCACAAGCUGGACCAGCGCCUGCAGGUCAAGCCGCAGCCGCAGCAGCAGCAACAACAUAUGAAGCAGGAGUUGCAGCAGCAGCAGCAGCAGCUGUUGAAGCAGAAUCAGGUGCAGCAGAUGCUGAAGCGACAGACUCAGAGACGCCAGCUGCAGCAGCAGCACGAGUCCGUGAGCCCCGUGCGCGGGAGGCGCUCGGACGAGGACAACGACGAAGGCGAAGAGCAAGAAGAGGGAGAGGAGGAGGAAGAGGAGGAAGUGGAGGACGAGGAGGGCCAGGAGGAGGAGGCCGCGGCGACGCGGCGGCAGAGGCCGGCGCUCUACGUGCGGCUCGUGGGCCACGAGGUGGUCCGCAGGGUGGGCCCCGGCGAGCGGCCCUUGCGCCUGCAGAGAGACUUCCUGGAGGCGCUCGGCUACGCGGAGCCGUGGCGCCUCCAGGAGGAGGGCGCCGCGGCGGAGCUCGCAAGCCUCUUCAGACUGCACCUGGGCAAGCCGGAGGUGCUGGAGCACGAGGCGCGCGUGGCGCUGUCCGGCAUGUUCAGCGUGAGGAAGGGCCGCACGCAGCUGCACAAGUGGUCGGAGCGGCGAGUGGUGCUGUGCGGGACCUGCCUGCUCGUCUCCUCGCUGCGCGAGAGCCUGCAGGGAAAGCUGCACGUCAUUCCGCUCAUCGGCGGCAAGGUGGAGGAGGUGCGCAAGCGCCAGCACUGCCUGGCCUUCAGCUCUGCAGGACCCCAGACCCAGACCUACUACGUCUCCUUCAACUCGUUUGCGGAGUACCUGCGCUGGCUGCGCCAGGCCUCCAAGAUUGUGUCCCAGAGGAUUGGUUCGGUGGACCUGUCAUGCUGCAACCUGGAGGAGCUCCCUGAGCCGCUGUUCCACAGCCAGGAUGUAACGCACCUCAACCUGCGCCACAACCUCCUGGGGCACGGCAUCGGCGACACGCUCAGGUUUUCUCAGCUGCGGAGCCUCAACUUGUCUCACAACAGCCUGGGAGUGUUCCCAGAGAUGUUGUGCCACAUCCCCACGCUCACCGAGCUCAACCUCUCCUGCAAUGGUUUGCCAAACCUACCUGCAGCCAUUGGCAACAUGAACAGUCUGCAGAGCUUGGUGCUGGAUUGCAAUGCGCUCUCAACUCUCCCUGAAGAGCUGACAAAUCUCCAGAGCCUCGCCUACCUGGGCCUUUCCUUCAACUUCUUUGAGAGAAUGCCACCCAUCUGCCAGGGCUUGCUGGCCCUCGAGAGGGUCUGCCUGGCAGGCAACCGCAUGGACAUCUUCGAGAUGGGGUCCUUGUCUGACCUCAGACAUGUGAAGCUCGUUGAUCUCAGGCUGAAUACCCUGAGGCGGCUGGUGGCGGGGGACCCCGCAGUGCUGGGUCACGUGACCCACCUGGAUGUGCGCGACUGCGAGCUGAGGGGCGAGCUGGACGCGACGUCGCUCGCCUGCCUGGAGACGCUGCGCUGCGACCGCAACGAGCUGACGGCGCUGCGGGCCGCAGGCCACGCGCUCAAGACGCUCGGCGCCGCGCACAACCUGCUCUCCACAGUCAGCAUCCACCCUGCGCCAGUUCAGCUCGCGUACGCUGACAUAUCGAGGAAUAAGUUGGAGAGCAUUCCCGAAUGGAUUCCUGAUGCAACCAGCCUGGAAAUUCUCAAUAUCAGCCACAAUGAAAUCAGCGAAUUACCAAUCAGGCUGCUGUGUGCUGAGGGCUUGAAGAGGCUCCUUGCUGGCCACAACCAACUGCGCCGGCUGCCUGAGCGGCUGGAGAGAGUGCACAUGGAGACCCUGGACGUGCAGCACAACCUGCUCACGGAGCUGCCCACGGCGCUCUUCCUCAAGGCGCCCAGCCUCCGCUCUCUGAACGCGUCGGCCAACCGCCUGGAGUCGCUGCCGCCGUCAGUGCUCGGCGAGGGGGAGAGCGUGAGCACACUGCAGGAGCUCUACCUUGCCAACAACCAGCUGGUGGACAAGUGUGUUCCUCAUCUGACCGGGCACCAGCACUUGCGUGUCCUACACCUGACCUACAACCUGCUCACCACAUUCCCUGCCAGUAAACUGGCCAAGCUGACGGAGCUGGAGGAGCUGAACCUGAGCGGGAACCGCCUGCGCACAGUGCCCACCACCAUCCUUGGCUGCAAGAGGCUGCACACGCUCUGUGCUCACUCUAACGCCAUCAAUGUCUUCCCGGAGGUCUUUCAGCUGCCCGAAAUAAAGCUCGUGGAUCUCAGCUGCAAUGAGCUGACAGAGGUGCCGCUGCCCGAGAGCCUGCCCCCCAAGCUGCAGGAGCUCGACCUCAUGGGCAACCCUCGGCUGGCGCUCGACCUCGCCGCGCUCGACAUGCUCAGCCACAUCACCUGCCUGAAGAUCGAUCCCCGUCCGACCUUGCCGCCCGGAGAUGCGGCAGAGUCACCAAUUUGGAGCCACGGCUGCGCCGAGACUUUAGGGCAAAGGAAAAAGCUGUGCGUGUCGUCGCUGGCGUCGGGCGCGUUCGGCGAGGACGCUCGAGAGGCCCUCUACGGGGUCUUCGACGGCGAGCGCAACGUGGAGGUGCCACGGCUGCUGCAGUGCACCAUGGGGGAUGUGCUGAGCGAGGAGAUGCAGCGAGCUCCCGCGUCGUCCAGCGAGGACCACAUGCUUUACACCUUCCUGGGGACUCACAAGAAGCUCGGCACGGCGGGGCAGAAGCUGGGCGCCUCGGCGGUGCUGUGCCACCUCCGCAGGGAUCUCCCUGAAGCCGGCAACGGAGGCGGCGGGCGUCUCACACUAACGGCCGGCAACGUUGGGAGCUGCCGCGUGCUGCUGUGCCGCGCCGGCUGCACCGUGUCCCUGACUCCCGACUUCACACUCACCGAGUGCCGGGAGGAACGCGAGAGGCUACGUGGCAUCAACGCCAUCAUUACGGAGGACAACAAGGUGGGUGGGGUGACGAGCGUGACGCGGCUGCUGGGCUGCUCCUUCCUCUACCCGUCGGUGCUGCCCCGGCCGCACACGCGCGCCCUGCGCCUCACGCCCGACGACGAGCUCCUGCUGCUGUGCAGCCGCUCCCUCGCCGCCUUUCUCCCGCCCAUCGAGGCUGUGGAGGCGAUCCGGGACGUCGCCGACCCGCUGGCUGCCGCCAAGAAGCUCACUACGCUCGCCCAGGGCUAUGGCUGCCACGACAACCUGGGAGUGGUGGUGGUGAGGCUCAGCGUCGCCUUGGAGGAUGCAGGCUGCUGCACCUGUGAUGCUGUCUCUGCUGAAACGGCCGUGAACAAUGGCAGCGGAGGGAGCAGCAGUGGAGCGUUCUCGGAGCUGAGCAGCGAGGUGAGCAGCGAAGUCGCGGGGUCAGAGGUCAGCAGCGAGGUUGGCUCCACCGCUUCUGACGAGCAGCCGCCGUCUCUGGGCCUUGUGGAGGUGGGAGGCUCGGUGCCAUCUCUGCAGCUCUCCGAGCGCCGAUGCAGCCUCCACCCGAGCGCCUCUGCGCGCACCUUCCAGCGGCAGAUGUCGGCCGCCACCUUCUCCAGCGCGUACUCCGAUCCGGGCCUGGACAGCAGUGACGACGAGGACACGGGGUGCGGCAGCGGUGGCGGCAGUGGAGUCGGCGCCACCAACGGUCACGGCGCCAACGGCGCCAACGGCGGUGGGGGUAGCGACGCCAACCCUCUGUACUGUCUGCAGAUGGGCGGCGGGGGACAGCGGCUGGAGGUGGAGGCCGACGUGCACCCGCUGUGCGCCUUAGCCGGGCCCUCGUCGCGAUCGCUCAAAACCCUCUCGGUGACGUCCUCCGAGACGAGCGACGAGGGGAUCGUCAUCUCGCUCCGCGCUGACACCUCCGUGGCGUGCUCCGAGAAGCCGCCCGGCGCCCACGAGCCCAGGUCGAGCAGUGCGGCGGCGGCGGCCUCCGAGAAGCGCGACGGCGAGGCGGGCGAAUCGGAGGGGUGCGAUCGGUCGCGAGAGAGCAAGCUGGAGCCCUCCUGGUGCGACAGAGGUAGCGGCGGCAGGAAGGUCAUGAACGGGAGCAAUGCGCGCUGGCUGGCGGUCGCCGAAGGCCACAGCGAGGCAAACGGCGGCAGCGGCGGCAGCAGGAGCGGCGACGCCACCCUGGGAAUGGGGCGGUGCAGCAAGAAGAUCUUGAGGAGGAUCCAGAGUCACUCCGACCUUCUCAGCGGCCGCGACGUCCCCCUCGUGGCCGGGCUGGGCCGCGGUGGCCUGGCCGCGUCCUCCUCCUCCGCGGGCGCCGCCGGCGCCGCGGCCACGCGCUCGGGAUGCAUCUCGGCACCGCACUGCAAUGGCGGCGCGAGCACCCUGGGGCGCGGGCGCCGCAACGGCUCCGUGGUGACGCCCGAUUGCGGCCAGGGCCUCAUGGAGGUGAUCGUAGCAAGCGACGCAGCCCCUGCACGCCCCAAGCGCUCCGCCUACUUCGUGUCGGAGCCGGCACCCGGGCCGGACCCGGACGAUGAGCUCAUCGUCCCGCCGGAGCUGGAGGAGGAAGUAAGGGAACAGAUCCGGCAAUACCAGCAGCAGCAGAAGCUGCAAGAUCAGCAGAAAGUUACCGAGCAACAGAAAGUUGAGCAGCAGCAGCAGAUGAAGCAGCCGCUGAAGCUACAGCAAGAGAGGCGAGAGGCGUUAAUUCAACAAGAUGUUUAUGACACUGCACUCUAACAAAACUGUUCCCUAAGUUUUAUUUUAAAAGUCAGAGUACCUGGAGCUUGUACAUUGUAGAUGCACCAACGCUGGAAUCAGUACUGUUUUGUUGAAUGUUUAUGAUGACCUAUGGUUGGGUCCAGUUGGAGCUCAUGAAGAUGGAACCCUGUUAGGUAUUUACGGAACAUCUGGUGAAAGCAGUAGCAGAUAUAUGGAGCAAUAGUUGCAAUAACAAAAGUAAGUUGGAUCUCUCCAUCGAAUGUGGAAAAAUUGCACUGAAAGUAAAAUCUCACCAACUUUAUUUAACAUUUACAGGACUUGCAUGUGAAAGGUUCCAGUCAUAAUCGACGACAUACCUUAGUGCCGACUCGCGUGCGUGGCUCCCGUCUGUGAUAUGAGCAUCGAAUUACUGUAUAAGAGAUGUGAACACGUGACGCCCACGUGACCGGAGACCGUUGGACUUUAUGCGCAGCUCAGUUCCAAUGGCCUGUAACCCCCCCCCCGCCUCCUCUCCCCCGUCCCGUGCUUAAGUCGCAAGUGUUCACAGCAGCCAUUCAAGUAGAAUUAAGCAAUGUUGAAUGCUCGAGAGUUUUAACAUGUAUUUACUCCACUCCAUUGGCAGCUUGUGGCAUCCGAGACAUUGCACUUUACAAUUCAUCCACGGCCAACUCAACCAAAGGGCUACGGAAAGGGGAGGGAGACCUUUGUUCUGCGUCCUUUUCACGUCAUUACUGUACAGUAUAAGUUGGGAAAACAGCACAGUCCAAAUGACAUCACCACGUGACUGAAAUGAAGGGACAAUGAUAGACUGUUCACUCAUAAGGCUUUAAAUAUCGCUGUUUCUCCUGCAUUUAAUAUGGCUACACCCAGUGUGUGUGUGCGUGAAGAGGUAUGACUGCCGCUUUGACUCUGUUGGAUUCUCUUAUGCCAGUGUGGCAAUGCUCUUCGGUGAAGCUGCAGGUGUAGAUGCUGCUGCCGCUGCUGCUGGUUGAAAAAUACCCCAAACACUAUGCAUUUAGCAUCACUUGAGCAUCCAGUCAGAGGAGAUCCCUCGCCCGUCUCUCCUGAUGCUCAAGGUCACCACUGCCUUGAGUGCUCAGAUAUUUGUCGUUUCAAUUUGGAGUUUGGUUGAUUAUCUGUGACACAUGCACCAAUGGUAUCGAUGUGUAUUUUUUUAAUACUAUACUUUUUCAAGAUGCCGUAGAUUAUUUUCGACAAAAUGGCAAGUAGUUUGUGAGUAAAGCCUUGUAGAGAAGUCAUGAUUAUAGUUUAUAACUAACAAUACUGUGUAUUUUCAUACUGCCCCUUGUCUUUGGAAGUGUGUUUUUUUUAACGCUUUUAUUCUCGACUCGCGCGCUGGCAGACGUGUGUGGCCCCCCUCUGAGCUGCUGCUGCUGACACUCGUGGGCUCACACCGUCAUCCGGCAGCGGAUGCCCAGUGACAUACCUUUAUACGUUAGCACAAACUGAUAGUUGUGAUCAUCCUACACAAACCGUUGUGUCGUUUUUUGCAGGUCAUGUUUGGGCGCAGUGGGUAACGCUUGCACCUCACGGCAAGAAGGUCCUGGGUUUGAUUCCCGACUGGCGCCUUUCUGUGUGGAGAUUGUAUGUUCUCCCCCUGUUCAGCAUGGGUUUCCUCCGGGUUUUCCAGUUUCCUCCCAUUAGCUAAAAUCAAUCGAUGUAACCGGUGUUAACCAAAACAUCCCAAUGUUGAAAGAAUAGCCUGCAAAUGACUCAUUUGGGAUUACACACAGCAGCAUUGCCCCCUUCUGCGAAAACUUGACAGCACCCUUCUGAAUGAGAAUCUUGAGGCUCGGUGAGGAUUUCCUGGAUAAAUAAUAAUAAUAAUGACCUUACGAGGAUUUACAAUAAUCAUAAUCCCAUUGGGGAAGAAGUAGAAAUAAUUAUUACCAGCCUUGUAACCUUAGCCCAAGCUAAUACACUUGAGGGCUAGAUUGAGAGCUGGAUUAAGGUGUUUGGUCCCAUAUUUGGCUGUAUACUUUGGCAUGGUUUUGCCAAAACUACAAUGAUUAUGAGCAUUCGCCAUCAUAUCAAUCCGGCUGCACACGUUUUAUGUUCAAUUAACUUUUUUUAACUAACUUGGACGCUGGCUUGGACUGCUCUUAUAUUAUGGUCUAUUUGACUGCAACUGAUGUCUUGCUUAUGCCAAAUCAGCCUUCUGUGCAGCACUAAAGCAUGCAGGCCAUUUUACAGAAAGAGCGUUGUUAUGGAUACCUCCACCUAACUUACUAACGUAUAAAAUAGUUUCAGCAAAAAGCUGUGCAUAUAAUCAAUGUUGUAGCCUACGGAAAGUCGGUGAGUAGAAGAACACUUAGGUGUCUUCUCAUUCUAUUUGGGUGAUGUGAUAUUUUAACAAGAGAUUAAUCCAAGUACUUUUGAAUUCAUCACAGACACUCAUGAUCUUGCAUCCCUCAGCUGUGACAUCUUGUCAACUCUGUACGCUGAUUAUCUGCAGGAAUUCCUUUCUGGUAUAAAGCCGGGUUCUUCAACCAUAUCUCAGCUGUGCUGGUGGGUCACAUGCCAUCAUAUAACAUCUGAAUGUGUGAUCACGACUGUUUUGUAUCCAGGUCUCACAUUUCUCUCAUUUAUCUAAUUUUCAUCCUCACUAAUCAUUAUCUCUUCUCUAAAGCUCUCUCACCACCAUCUCUUAUUUCUCUCAUCUUUCACGUGAACUUGUAUCUCUCCAUGGCUCAGCAGCCACUCCACAAGGGCCUUUGCGAGCCACUUGACACGCAGGCCGCGAGUUGAGCGCCGCUGUGUAAAGGAUAGAAGAGUUAUACCGUAUUGAAAAAUAACAGAUACAGUCUUCUCUCGUUAUUCGCGAGGGGUACGUUCCGGGGAUGCUCGUGAAUAGCACAUUUCGCGGAUAACGAUAUUGGAUUCGAAAACCUACAUUUUGAAUUAAUUACCUUAAAUACAUAAAUAAGCAAUUAAGCACAUGAACAUUUUCUCAUCACUUUCUCGCAUCACAUUCUCUCAUCACAUUAUCUCUCUCUUUCUCGAUGGAGUCGUGCAGAGUUCCAGAUGUGAUUCGCGGAUGGCCAAAAUGACGGACAGCAAGUUCGUGAAUAACGAGGCGAAUACCGUUUCCCACAUUCGUGUGGUGGGCUGCCAAUACUGCAGGGCAUGGUCCAACGAAGUUGAGAACUUACGAAAUAAUAACUGCUUUGAUGUUGUAUGGAAUUGAACGUGAAAGUGCUCGGUGUAGCCGAAAGCAACCACCUAUUGUGUUACCCGUCUGGCAAACAAAGCCUGCAAAUCAAACACAAAGGGAUUAUGAAAAAAACACUUCCAGAAUGCAAAACGCAGCAACAGAAUUAUUGGUCUUCUCCUACAAAAGUUGACGAGUGUCAACUGGUGUUCCUCGGUGUUAAUCAUCAACAUCAUGAAUACUGUAAUGAGCUGCACACAUUUGAAUGAUUGCUAUAUAUUUGUGUGUGUAUACUGCAUUGUAGACUUUAAGACGAAACCCAGAUCUAGUUUUUGGAGACACUACUUUUAUGAUUCUGCAUUAAAAGAGAAUGCAGCUAUAUCACUGAAUUGAAACUGGUGGAAGUCGCUGGUUGUUCACCCUCGGACAUCCUGCAUGCAAGGUGUCCCCUAGAUGCACACAGAUGGGGAGAGGCUGAAGCGUCGUGCCCUCAACAGCGAGACAUUAGUUAACAGGGGUGUUCGUGCCGAGAAGCACGACUCGCGCUUUUAUUAGGCAAUGCCGCGGCGCUUUUUGAUUGCCUUCAACAGAGCCGGGUAGCGGCUGUGCCUCAUCACCCAGCUCGCGAGUAGUCCCCGGGGGACCGGCACCAGCAGGGCGCGGGCUUCUAUCGAUUGGCUGUCAAGAGUGACUGCUUUUCAUACAUACAGCACAUGGUUGUGCAGUUGGGGUUUUUUUCCUGAUUGUGAGGGCACCGUAAAUUGGGAGCGUGGGGCCGUGCACGGCACCUCGCGGCACCUCGCCUGGAGUGAUGUACGGGUGCUCCUGCUCUGCGUUAAUGAAUGCGCUCCUUGGUGGUCGUUUGAACACGUCCGCGGUGUUUCGGAGCUUCCGCCUCUUGCUGCUUUCGGACUACCUUUACAUUCCCGGUGAUGUCUUUACGAUUCAACGGAUUAACACUGAACACCCGCGGCUCGGAGAGCCCAAAGGUUCCCAUCGCUUCUGAAUGACCUUACCUCGUGCAAUUGAAAUUGACAAAAUGUGAGCCCCCCCCCCCCCCCGAAUUGUCACUCGUGCUGUCCCCUACUUGAGUCACACUUGAAAUAACUUUUUUCUGGUGUCCGAUAACAUUCAUUGUCAACCAUAGAGUGCUUAUUAUGUCGUCGAGUCGUGCACGUUUCUCUUAACAGUUCCACGCCACGGGGAGUACAUGGGUUGCGACGGUCUCGCACUGGUCAUCGUCCCUGCCAGGCUAUAGACGGUUGCAGUCAUUUUGUGCCACUAAUCGACUUUGAACUCUGAAGCCAGCACUGCAAUACAUAAUGGCCUUUAUUAAUCGCGAAUGUUGAGGCUGAAGGAACGUGAUCGAUGUGUUGUGCUCUGGAUUGGUCGUUGUCCUGCAAGCCACAAUUGUAGAGAAGAGCAUGAGCUUUGCUUACAUUUUUGGUUCCAUGGAAAAUAUAGUUUUCUUCCCCAAUGUUCUGUUCCGCUCCUGGAUAUUCCCCAGAGUGAUAUAUUUCUGCUAUAGACAUCGGUUCUAAUGAUGGGUGGGGGGGGGGGGAACAAAAAAAACCCUGACAAUUAUUUUAUAACUCUUAGGAGUUGACAAAUAAUGUUAUUCUCUGAGAGAAGCGAUUGUGUUAUGGGCGCAUGUGUCGUGUGUUGUGUGUCGAGUGUGACCAGUAGUGGCUGUCUGGACUUGUGGUGACUGUCUGGACUCGUGGUGACUGUCUGGUCAUGGCAAUGAAGAGCUGUUAACUCAAACCCAACUGAGCAGGACACAACCACGACUUUGACCCUUUGCACCCUUUGUGGUCUGCUAAUGCAUGCAGGUGUGUACAUACGCAAACCACGACAUUUUUCAUUGGCAGUUCGUACUCGAUGUACAUACGUAUGUGAAAGGGUAUAGCAUCAGGACUGCAUUGCAGAUGCUGCCGGUGGUCAUUACAGAGGCUGCAAUGGGACGUGUUUGUGUCCCCGCUGACUUGGAGGCGACUUGACAGGCGUGAGUGACACAUGAGGCACUAUGCGCGGCUGCGCAGGGGGAAUGUUUGGAGUUUGGGAUUGAGCAUGGGAUGCCAUGUUUCACUGAUGUAUACAACUGAUCACUCGCCAUGUGUAAAUACAUCUUUAUUUUCGUAAUUGUGUUUAACAUCCAUUAUUUCCUAUCGGUAUGUUUAUGAUCUGGGAUAUUGAUUUUGUUGUGUACAUGACAGAGUAUAUAUAUCGUGAGAGAGAUCUGCACAGCUAUUGUUUAGUACUGUGUUACGAAUUUGUUCCUUGCAUUUGCAGAAACUCAACGUUAUUUAAAAAAAGAAAAUCAGCUUAACAUAGUUUCCAACAUAACGAAAGGGAAAAGAACUGCACAGUACAGCCGUGGGUGUUUAACAUUCCAUUUUUUGUGCAACAUUGAAUCAGGUUUAUGUACCUGUAUAGGGCAUAUUUAUCAGCCUAACACAUUUUGUUGUAUCUUUAGUGCAUAUCAUCAAAUAAAAAAAUCAU